CUUGCUCAGCAUCACUUCCUCUCUUUUUGACACCCAUCACACUCAUCACACCCAUCACAAUACACGCACGUUUCCGCAAUCCUUUCUUGUUCGUUUCCACAUCUCGGACAUCCUUCGCACCUUGACUCUCCCUCCUUUCCUCGCUCAUGCUCAUCCAGAGUGCUCACAGCCCGGCCGAGACCCCCAACAGUCACGACUGGUCACAAGGCCCCUCUAGCGCUUUUCCCGAUGCUGCGCUGGAGCUAGAUAUCUUUGACCUUGACCUGGCAUACAUGCCUAUAGUAGAUUGCCUCGACUCUUCGAGCAUGAUGGGCGAGCAACAGGUUACGGCCUGGACUGAGGCCAAGGAUGAUGCCUCGCAGCCAAGCCAAGAACAGCCCCGUACACCUGUGAACGACAAGAAAGACCUUAAAGACGAGAACUGCACAUCAAGCCAGGACGGGAUCCAAGCACCCGAUUCGCAAAGCACAUCUCAUGAAGGCUGUGAUGACGCCGAGGGGGACGAACCUCUUAUUCGUCUUGAAAUCACAGAACUGACCAAAGACCAUCAGGAAGCGGGUGAUCAUCAUCACACUCAGCCAAGGCCUCGCCAGUUCACGUUCCAAAAAGAUGCCCACUUAUUGUUGGGACGCGCCCCAUCUUCUAGCUCAGACCCCCAGACGCGGCUCCGACGCUCGGUCGACAAGGCGGACAGGGCGUACGGGCAAGCCCAGGCUGAUAAUGGGCUCGACGAUGGCCUCUUCUCUAACCAGGUCAUCAGCAGAAUACACGCUGUGCUCUACGAGAUGGACGGCAACAUUAUUCUGGAAGAUCGCCAUUCGACCCACGGCACCUAUGUCAAUGACCAAAGAAUCGAAAGCCGCGUCCUGCAAGAUGACGAUCAAGUUCGUUUGGGCCGCCAUGUCAUUCGAAAUGGCCUACCGUAUCUACCGCUCGAGUUUAUUGUCCGGAUCCAAGGCCACGAAGAAAAUGAGGCGUGGGAAGAAGAAGCAGAUGUAACGGCGACAACGGAGGUUAAUCAUAGUCUUGUUGAUCACCACAAUACCUCCACCACGGUUACGGUUAAAGCCGCCACAAUUACUGUCGAGACUGCUACAGCUGCUAUCGUUACCGCUACGGAUCCAGCUCAUGUCACUGUCUCUGGUACCGAAACUGUCGAGAUGUCAGAGAGCCAACAAGAUUGUUCUACCCAAGAUGUAGGGAUGCCACGUCCUCCAGCAAAACGCAGUCGGUCCGAUGAGUUAAUCCAGGCAACCCCAGGCCCUGCAAACAAGCGGACCGCGCUGGUCGCGGCAGCCCUUGCUGGUGCAGUUGUUGGAUCUAUUGGCACGGUCCUCACACUUGCCAGUAUUUAAGUCAGACCACGGGAGACCAUGGGACGUAUGAGACGUUUUGGUUUUUACAACUGCUCUCAAGGCGCGCGUCGCUUCAGCAUGAGAGCAAUACACAAUAUGGAUUCGACUCA